GACACAGAGUGAGGAAACGCUUCUUUCUCCUCAGUGUGUUGAAGCUUUCUGUAAAUCUGAUGAUGAUGGACUUCACGGAGUGUCACGGAGACACCGUGUCCGGUGUGGCCUCUGCGGCCCGGUCCGGCUGCAGGCGGCGGCUGAGGAGGCUGAUCCGCGGCGGCCACAGCCUGGACUGUCGGGACAACCGCGGCUGGGUGGCGCUGCACGAGGCUGCAGCCGCUGGGAGCGCCGGCUGUGUGCAGGAGGUGCUCUCUGCUGCCGGCGCAGGAGGCUCCCCCCGUGGCUGCCGUGCGUAUGUGAACUCCCUGACACAUGAGGGGGAAUCUGCUUGUUACCUGGCAGCACAGCGUGGACACCUGGCGGUGGUCCGACUCCUCCUCAAAGCACAUUCCAACAUCAACCAGCCAACGAAUGACUCGUCCUGUCCUCUGUAUGCAGCCGUAGAUGGGGGACACCAGGAGGUUGUGGAACUGCUGGUUGGUGAAGGUGCAGAGGUCAACAGAACACACACUCCGUCAUGCUGGACCUGCCUUCAUCAAGCUGUUUUCAAGGGUCACAGUGAUAUUGUGCGCAUUCUGGUUAAUGUCUGCCACCUGGAGGCGCUAGACGACCACAAUAUCUCGCCUCUGUUUGUGGCGGCUCAGUAUGGAAAGCAGGAAUGCCUUGAAAUUCUCAUUAAUGCAGGUGCCAAUGUGAACAUCCAGGCAGCUGAUCUAGCCACGCCCCUGCUGAUCGCCUCUCAGGAGGGCCACCAGGCCUGUGUGGACCUGUUGUUGGACCAUGGGGCCGAUCCUAACAAAGACUGCAGUAAUGACUGGCCCCAGUUUCCCAUUCAUGCUGCUGCUGAGUUUGGUCAUAUUGGUGUCCUCAGGAGGCUGAUUGCUGUUACGGAUCGUGUGUGUGACCGUGAUGAUAACAUGGUAAGUCCUUUGUACGUAGCCAUCCACAGCCAUCAGAGCAAGUGUGUGGAGCUGCUCUUAAGGGAAGGUUAUAGUCCAAAUGCCCAAGACUGCACACGAAGCCUGGGCCUCUCUUCCCCACUCUCCUUCGCCUUGUGCCAUUCAUCCAUCCAACCGUACAGUGAAUCUGUGAGGUUGCUGGUAGCUGCUGGAGUCCGUUUGGCUGAGGAGACCUGGGUUCAUGCCUUGGCCACAGAUAAAACAGACCUGCUGGAGCUGAUUCUGGAGCACAGAUUGAUCCCUCGACCCGACACUUUGACCUCACACUGUUCUGUAUCGCAUCAUCCUGGGAAAACUGUGUUAACGCUUCAGGAGCUGAGGGAGCUGAUCUGUGUGGCACUCAGCCAGGUACGUCUUGCUGCCUGCUGGCUUCCCCUGCUUCUGAAGGCAGGAUUGGAGCCUUCUCUGCUGCUUCAACCACACAUGUUGGAACAUGCAGACACUGAUGCGUUGAACUACCUCCUGCAGUUUGUCAACUGGUCAACUUUGUCUGCUCCUUUAAAACAAAUCCUGUUUCAAAGAAAAGUGGAAAAGACCUGGGAACCAUUUCCAGAUUUUGAUUCCAUUCCCCGUCUUUCUAAUAUCUGCCGGCUGAAGCUCAGGGCAGUGCUAGGACCAGAUCGACUGAUGAGGACCAGCGCCGUCCAGCAGCUUCCUGUUCCCUCCCUUCUUCACAGCUUCCUUCAAUUUAGGGACGUCCCAGAAGCUUCCCUCUCCCACCCGCCGGCUUCACCACUUUUAGCUCAAAUAAGGGUUUUCUUCGAUACACACCAACAUAGACAUGUUCUAUAACCCCCAGUUUUUACCUCUAUGUUGCUUCAAGGUUGUCAAAAUCAUCCUGAUUCUCACAGUUUCACGCACACUUACAUUCAAACUGCUCUAUGUAAAUAUAUUGAGAUAACAAUGUUUUCUUUUAAACCGAUGUUGCCUUAAGUUGUUAUAAAUGUUUAAGACUGAAAUAAAUACU